AAAACCCUUCCGGCGCGAAAAUGUGCAUGAAAUUGGAGGGAAUGAAGAAGAAGGAAUAAUCUUCCCAUGAAUGAUUAUCCUUUUUCCUUAGAAAAAAAAAAUCUCAGCUUUGGUGUUUUCUCUCCAAUUCUCUCGCUCUAUUUUUUUUUUCUUCAAGUUAUUGGGGAAACUGUCGGAUAAAUCGGUUUCGUCGUAUUAGGGUUUAGAUGGGCAGGUCCAAGAGAUCUAGGGUUUCGGCCAAAGAAGCAGCAGCCGGAGAAGAAGAAGAAGAAACGAUUGAGAUGGACAAGGAUGCGCAAUCCGACGAGAAUAGCAAGAGAAGUCUGUAUGAGGUUCUUGGCGUUGAAAGAACUGCAUCACAGAAGGAGAUAAGAAAAGCGUAUCAUAAAUUGGCAUUGCGGCUACAUCCCGAUAAAAAUCCCGAUGACGAGGAAGCUAAGGAGAAAUUUCAGCAGCUGCAAAAAGUGAUCUCAAUUCUUGGGGAUGAAGAGAAAAGAGCUGUUUAUGAUCAAACCGGCUCAGUUGACGAUGCUGACUUUUCAGGGGAUGUCGUUGAUAACUUGCGGGAGUUCUUCCAAGCAAUGCACAAUAAGGUCACUGAGGCAGAUAUAGAAGAGUUUGAGGCAAACUACAGGGGAUCUGCCUCGGAGAAGAAAGAUUUGAUCGAGUUGUUCAAGGAGUUCCACGGUAGAAUGAACAGGCUUUUCUGCUCAAUGCUUUGUUCGGAUCCCAAGCUUGAUUCACAUCGUUUCAAAGAUAUUCUAGAUGAAGCAAUUGCUGCAGGAGAAAUCAAAUCAACCAAAGCAUAUGAGAAAUGGACGAAGCAGAUUUCCAAAAUGAAACCUCCUACAAGCCCCUUGAGAAGAAGGCAGCCGCAGAAAUCAUCAAAGGGUUCGGAAAGAGAUCUUUACGCACUGAUGUCAGAGCGGAGGGACAAGAGGAAAGACAGAUUCGACUCUAUGUUUUCAUCGCUUGUCUCCAGGUAUGGUGGAAACGCUGAAUCUGAGCCCACCGAGGAAGAAUUCCAAGCCGCCCAGAGGCAGGUUGAAAGGCGGAGGAAGAAGUCUAACAAAAGGAAGACAGUGAACUCUGGUUCUUGUAAAUAGCUUUAUUAAUCCCGAAAGAUUCUUGCUUUUCCUGUUUUUGGAUUGUUGUUAUGCUCCUCAACAGAAGAAUGUGUCCUAUGGCACUUGGGAGGCUAACACAGUUCAUAAUUACACUAUACACUAUUAUAGUUUUCAAGAACAGAGUAA